CGAAUAAACAAGACAUUAACUUAGUAAUCUAAUUUGCUAUCACAAAUUGAUGCGAAUCAUUCUAAUUUUUGAUUGAUAACAUCUUCGAUUAAAGAUGAUAUGCAACAGAAUAAUCAGAGAACAACUGCUAGAUGUACGAUGUACAUGCUUCCCGUCGCGGUCAGAAUCUUAAAAAGACAAAAAAAUGCAGGGGUGGAGAAUCAUUUAUGAAAAAAGUAUGAAUCAACUUGUAGUUGACUAUGAUCGAUUAGAAAGGGCACUUAAUGUAGGUUUCCUCCUUCCAUAAAUACUGCCCCAUUUUGCCAUUCAAAAUUUGUGCAGAAAGAGAAACAAACACACCCCAACACAUUCUCGAGCCGCCGCAUCUCAAACAUAAUUCUAUUUUCAAAUACAAUUACGAUUUUCUCCUCGUAAAAGGGGUUCUAUUUUUCGAGUGCGGCCAAGGGCUCUUUCGUCAUUUCGAAAUAAGAGAUAUUAUAUUUUUUGAUUUAAAAAAAUGAAAAUAUCAUUCUCAGCAUCCAAUCAAAUACUGCCCUCUCUACACAUACCUCAGCUCAUCCGCCGCGCUCCGCCGAAGGAGAAGGUGGUGGUGGUGCUCGGCGUCACCGGCGCCGGAAAAUCGCGCCUCUCGAUCGACCUCGCCACUCGAUUCUCCGCGGAGAUCAUCAAUUCCGACAAAAUGCAGGUCUACCAAGGGCUCGAAAUCACCACCAACAAAAUCACCGACGAGGAGCGCCGCGGCGUGCCGCACCACCUCCUCGGCGUCGCCGAUCCGGAAUCCGACUUCACCGCCGCGGAUUUCCGCGCGAUGGCGUUGAUCUCGCUGCGGUCGAUCCACAGCCGCCGCCAGCUCCCGAUCGUCGUCGGCGGAUCGAACUCGUUCGUGGAGGCGCUCGUCGAUUCCAGCUUCCAAUCGCGCUACGAUUGCUGCUUCCUGUGGGUGGACGCCGCGAUGCCGGUGCUCCACUCGUUCGUCUCCGAUCGCGUCGAUCGGAUGGUGGAGAGAGGGAUGAUUGAAGAAAUUAGGGCUUUUUUCCGGCCAAACGCCGACUAUUCGCGCGGGAUCCGCCGCGCGAUCGGCGUGCCCGAGCUCGACCAGUAUUUCCGGAUCGAAUCGGAGUGCGGCGGCGAGGAGGCUCGCGCUAGGGCUCUCGCGGCGGCGAUCGACGCGAUCAAGAUGAACACGAGCAGGCUCGCGUGCCGGCAGCUGGAGAAGAUCCGCCGGCUGAGGAACACCAGAGACUGGCGAAUGCACCGCCUCGACGCGACGGAGGUGUUCAGGAAGCGCGGCGGGGAGGCGGAGGCGGCGUGGGAUAGCGUGGUGGCGGAGACGGCUGAAUUGAUAGUGAGUCGAUUCUACUACGAUUCGGAGGCGGAUGUUUACGGCGGCGUGGUGGCGAUGAGGAGCGGCGCGCGGCCGAUGAUGGCGGCGACGGCGUCUUAAUUGGGCGGCAAAUGUUGUUAUGAAUUUUCUGGUGACAGUUUUGGGAAUAUUUACAAUUUUGUCCCGGCAUUAUAUACUUGCCCAUAUAUGUGUAAUAAUGAGAAUCACUCAAUUACCCCCUUUAUUUCUGCCAACCGAAAUAAAAGUAAUUUCUGCAUUACUACCUCCGUCCCACAUUAAGUGUCACACUUACAGUGAGCACGAGUUUUAAGAAAUAUAAAGAAAAGUGAGUUGAAUAAGUUAGUGGAUUAUGGAUUUCACUUA